AGUUCCUUCACUCCACCCUGCUGCCCUCCUUCCUUUUUAUUUUCUCGACCCUUCUUCCCUUUUAUUCUGUUCUGUUCUGCCGCCAUUUCUUUCUUUCCCUUCUUCUAUUUAUUCUUCAAUAUACUCAUCAAACCUCUUCCUAUCCCAUCUCACCGAAGAUUAGAUAUCCUAGAUACAGAUACAAAGAAUAGCGAAGGGGCGAAGGAGAAUAGAUAUUAGAAGAGAGAGGGAGCAAGAGGUGGGACAAAGUAUGCAGCAGCCUACGCAUCCGAUGGCUUCCAUGCCUCCAAUGGCAACACAGAACAUCACCACCGAACAGAUUCAGAAGUACUUGGAUGAAAACAAGCAGCUGAUUUUGGCAAUCUUGGAUAAUCAAAACCUGGGGAAGCUAACAGAAUGUGCUCAGUACCAAGCUCAGCUUCAAAAGAAUCUGCUGUAUCUGGCUGCAAUUGCAGAUGCCCAACCACAGGCACCUGCAGCUCGUCCUCAGAUGAUGCCACAUGGUGCAAUGCCGCAGGGGAGCCAUUACAUGCAACAGGGACCCAUGUUUCCUCCCAGGGCUCCUUUGCAAUUCAAUCCACAGCAAAUGCAGGAACAGCAGCAACAACAGCAGCUUCAUCACCAGCCACAAGUGCUGCCUUUUCCAGGCCAUAUGGGCAUGAGACCCGGGGCCGUCAAUGGCAUGCAUGCCAUGCAUGCUGAGCCAUCUCAUGGAGGCAGUGCUGACCUCCGGGCAGCUCCAAACUUAACCGAGUUCCCACAGGGCAGCAGCACUCCUAGCGGCUUAGUGGAUGGGCGAGGAAGCAAGCACGAUGCAGGUGCAGCAGCGGCGGAACCUGCCGCAGCUGCUGAUGACCAUAGGAACUCAGGGACAGAGAGAAGCGGGGAUGGUGAACCCAACAUAUCUGGGAAGGCCUGAAGAUGCUAAACACACGACGGGCUUUGAGCUCUGGAAAGAUAACUUUGACAAACACCAUAUAUGUAGCUAAAUGACCAAUGUAAUGGCAAUCUUUUCUGCCUCUUCUGAUAAAUGGUCGUACCUCCAUGCAUGACUAAUGUUUUUGGUUUUGAACCUUCAGUGGUCCAUGAUCCUUUGACUUUUUUUCAUAUGUACUUGAAUGUUAUCAUGAUGGAUCUAUGUGAUUUUAUGCGUC